AUGCUUCAAUAUUCAAUGAAAGUAAAAUGGGUAAAGCUUUCAAAAAACAACUUAUUCAAACUUCCUAAAACCCGAAUGCUAUCAAAUGGCACACAAGUACCACCAGUUCUGGUUGGUGAUGAUAUUUUUCUACUGAAAUCAUGGUUAAUGAAGCCUUUUUCUGGUAAAAAUUUGACAAUCAAAGAACGUAUUUUUAACUAUCGAUUAUCUAGGACUAGACGAACAAUUGAAAACACAUUUGGAAUUAUGGUAGCUAAAUGGAGAGUAUUUAGGCGUCCAAUAAAAGCUAACCCAGAAAAUAUUGAAAACAUUAUAAAAGCUGCAAGUUGUUUACAUACUUAUUUAAGGAUCAAUGAUGGCAUUACCUAUGUACCAUCUGGAUUUGUUGAUUUUAAAACAAAUUUUGGUAAAGUUAUUCCUGGAGACUGGUGCAAAAUAACAGUUGAAGGUAAUGCUUUACAUAUUUUACCUUGA